UUUCAUUCACUCCCUCAUCAUUACGAAGCAAGGGACAAGCCUUCUCUCAUCAAUGGAGCGUUCCGCUUGGCCUAAGAGCCUCUCCUCCAGCCGCAAGCGCGAGAUCCAGGAGCUCUGUGGCCAAAAUCCCAAGAAGCUGAGAGAUGCCUUCGACGCUCACUCUCAAACUGGCGAUCACCCACGGCAGCCCUUGUUUGCGGGAGAUCUGAUGGUCAGCGUCCUCGGUUCGUUCAGCACCAACACCCAAUCCCUAUCGAGCGGGGCUGAGUCCUAUAAGGUCUUCCAGGUCCCCAGCAACGCCUUUGUCAGUUCCGAGGUCUCCAAAGGAAGUGAGAGCGUCAAGUCUCCGGUCCAGAGGUCUCCGCUAGAGAGCGUCAAGCCCCCCGUCCAGAGGUCUCCGGUAUCCAUCUUGUGGGAACAGCCGCUUGUGGAGGCUGCGACGGCGAUAUACGAGGGCAGAGUAGACGUGGCUUCAAAGAUCUUGAGGCGCUUGUCUUCCUUGCUGAACCCCAUGAGUACUUCAAAGCAGAAAUUGAUGGGAUACAUGUUGUCUGCGCUUAAAUCGCGCGUGAGCCCCAUCGAUUACCCCCCUCCCGUGGCGGAGUUGUUCACCGAGGAUCAUGUGUUGUCGGUUCGGUCACUUUACGAUCUGUCUCCUUGUUUUAAGCUCGGUUUCAUGGCUGCCAAUAACCCGAUUUUGGAGGCUGCAUCGGAGCAACCCUCCACUAACAAGCUCCAUGUGAUUGACUUCGAUAUUGGUUGGGAAGGACAGUACUACGAUCUCCUUGACGAUCUGUCCAUGCGUCAGGAGGGCAAUCAAUUCACCCUCAAAAUCACGGCGCUCGCAGACAGCUUCUACGGUGAGAAGAGGCUCAGGAUGCUUGGGGACCGACUGAGUUUACACGCGGCCCAGGUGAAAGUUAGGUUAGUAUUCAACAUCGUGAGCCAGAAGCUGAGCGAGUUGAGCCGCGACUCGCUGGGCUGCGAGCCAGAGGAGGUGCUGGCGGUGAACUUGGCGUUCAAACUCUACAGAAUGCCGGACGAGAGCGUGUCCGCGGAGAACACGCGCAACGAGCUCCUCCGGCGCGUGAAGGGGCUGGCGCCGCAGGUGAUGACGCUGGCGGAGCAGGAGAUGAACGGGAACACGGUGCCAUUCCCGAUGCGUGUGGAGGAGGCGCUGGCGUACUACGGGGCGCUGCUCGAGUCGAUCCAGUCUACAGUGCCGAGGGACAAGUUGAAGCAAGAGAGGGCGGAGAAGGGGCUGGGUCGGAAAUUGGGGAACUUGAUUUCCUGCGAAGGUAGGGACCGGGUUGAAAGAUGCGAGGUGUUCGGGGAGUGGAGGGCCCGCAUGGGGAUGGCUGGGUUCGAGUUGAAGUCACUGGGUCGACUCGUGGCCAAAUUUUUGGAGGCGGGGUUCGCUUUUCCCCUUCAGAAGGGAUUCACGGUGAAAGAAGAGAACGGUGUGGUUUGCUUCGGCUGGCUCGGCCGAACUCUCACCGUCGCAUCUGCUUGGCAUUAACCAAAUUGAUAUACGUACGUAUAUGUCAUGUGCUAUGGGUGGUGAAGGCGAUGGUGAUGGGGAUGUGAUAUCUUGAAUGUAUUGCUUUCAAGGUGCAUUUCCUGAGAAUCCCAUUUCCCCACCCCCACUUUUGGAUUUGAGGGUGAAAAAAACAUUCUAAUGCGUCGCAUUCAUUUCUCGUUAUUCGAUUUGUUUCGUUCGGUGUGUAUUGGAUUCUUGUUCGCACUCUUUCUUCUCUGUCCAUAGCUACUUCAGGGCUCCACCUGUUACAUCAUUUAUGGAGGUUCGUAGUAGUUUGCAGCUUAUGCAUCCUACUCACACUCUCUUCCAGAUUCAGCUUGUUCUCCAAUGCAAGUAGCUUUUCCUCUUCUGAUCU